GUUUAGUCGAUAAAUUACCUUAACAUUCCCAUCCGUCCAGAAGAAGGUCCCCACUUUCGCUGCCAAAUCGCCCAAUGGAACCAUGGGAAGGGGACGCUUUUUCCCUCCAGAACCUCACCUCAUCUCCUACCCUUACACUUUACUGUUCCUACUCUGUGAACCUUCCACGGACACUAAACCGUGACGACUUCUUCUUCUUCUCCUUCUUCUUCUCCUCUUGUCCUUUCCCUCCCCCCGUCACCUUUCUUCUGUUUGACGCUGGUCGACGUGCUUUGUUUCUAUUGUUUUAUUCUUUGGUAUUCUUAUUCCUACUCACCACUGGUGAUUUUGGAAUCUACUCCCUCUUCUGUUUUCUCGUUCUCCCCCUCAUUUCCACCCUCUUUCCGACCAAGCUUUUUUUUUCUUUAAUUCCCUUUUCCCUCCCUGUUCCAUUGCGACCCCGUGACUUCCCAUAGCUUUUCUUGCGAUCUUUUUAUCCCGGUCUUCUUGACGCUUCCCCCUCUGUCCUUUUUCUUUCUCCCGACUAGGUCGUUCUUCUCUACGCGCAGGCGGUGUGUGCGUGUGCUGUGGCUUCUCCCCGUCUAUCUUUCUACGGCUC